UUUACGAAUAGGUAGUACCAGCAAAGAGUUCAAUGGGAAAUAUCAAUUGCACGCGUGUGUAACCUAGGUGCAUAUUUCCGUCGAUUGUAGCAUAGUGUGAGAUCACAUAGACCCCCAGAGAACAAAUCCGUUGUCGGACAAUAAGUGCGGCCUGCGCACUGCGUCACUGCGCCUCGGCAGAAGGACGGGUUGCCUACAAACGGACUCAUUACCUCUCCAGUGACCAUUGUCAAUUAUAAGACAAAAACUCCCACGGUUUAUAAAGGUUUGAGCGUACGUGUGCACACGCAGAGCGCAUCUUCGCUCACAACACACAACCUGUGUUUGUGCUAUUGUUUGUGGCUGUAUAAUAUAUUUUUAUAAAAUGGCGAUGCGUGCAUUAUUCUUCCUGUUGAUGAUCCUAGGAUACAAGUGUAGUGUUUCACUGAGUGAAGCUGUAAAAACAGCAGUAGCUUCAGAAGAAUUAAACAAAGAUGAUCUGAAAACUGACGCCAGCACAUACGACCGUCGAUAUUCUGACUGGGGUGGAUAUCCCAGUGCCAGUGGCUACAGCGGUUACGGCGUAACCGGACAUGGUAUUAUUGAUAGUAGGUAUAAUUCCUAUUACGGCGGUGGCUACGACAAUACAUAUGGAUAUAAUGGCUACAGUGGUGGAUAUAACGGUUACGCCGGUAAUUCAGGUUAUGGCGGUUACAAUGACUAUAACUAUAAUGGAUAUAAAGGUUAUGGAGGGUACGGAUUAAGCGGUUACGGGGGCAAUGGUGGCUACGGAGGCUACAGCGGCAAUGGCGGUUUAAUCUCUUAUUAUGGCUACAACAGUCCAUAUAAUCAAGGCGCAUAUCAUUUGGGAUACGGAUAUUACAACAAAAAGCCCGGGAAUAUCUACAACAGCGGCAUCACCCCUAACUUGGUUACAGGAUAUAGAGGCUAUUCUAGGAGAUAAAUGCUAGUGUAAACGAAAAUACACAAGUUACUAUACGUAGUCCUGCACUGCAUACCAGUACCUAGUGCUCCGAUUCUUCUAAAAUUGCACUAUAAUAAUGACUACUUGUAAAAAAAACAUAACAUACUAGUAGCGUUUAACGCUACAGAAUAAUAAAUUUGAUACAUUAUCAUUUCUGAUUACUGUAAACGCAGUUACAGCACGACAGUUACGGCAGCUAUUAUGCAAAACUCAAUUACAAUCAAUGAAAUUAUUAUUGUAUUAAAACUGUCUACAUAUUAUUAACUACUGUUAUCAACAUAUUAGAAACUAAAUUGAACUUUAUAUAUAUACCAUAUUUAAAAAAUCCUCAUCACUAAAUUUUAUA